AUGGCGCCUGGGCGCGCCGCCCCUGCGCCAGCCAAAGACGCGCCCCUUCAGAGGGCCUGGUUGGCGCCCGUCGGCGCGCACUUUUUCAAAAGUGGCGCCGACAACCCUAGUGUUGACAAAUGGCAAUCCCCAAACGGAUUCGAUAUUUUAGGUAUUGUCAUCUAUAGAUUAGUUGAAGAGGCUAGCCCUGCCAAGUUAGAAGCGAUGCCGUUAGACUUCAUUCGCUUGUCCAAAAGCCACACUGGAGAGUACCUGGCCAACACAGUACGUUUAGUUGCGGAGAAAUUUGGAAUCCAAGAUAAGAUAUGUGGACUUGUGACUGAUAACGCCAAGAAUAAUGAGUUAAUGGUUCGGGAGCUCAAGAAGCUGAAGUGGCCUUGCUUUAAAGGUGAAGCACAAUGGAUCCGGUGUUUUGCUCACAUACUCAACCUUAUUGUCCAAGCUAUACUCCGCCCGUUUGGGACUCCAAAGAAGAAAGGUGCAACUAAAAAUCCGGGAUCAAACUCUGAUGGAAUUGAUUCCGAUGAAGACCUCGCCGAGGAGCAAAUAAGCAUGCUUCCGCGCGGGCACAAACCCACCUUGCAAGAUGAGGAAUCCUUACACAAUUUAAGCGAUGUCGACUCCAAUUCUGAAUCAGAUGAAGACAAGACGGAAUCCCUCAGCGAGGCCGACAUCAAACAGGCUAGUGAAGAAGACAAAGAAGAUUGCUACACAUCUGAAUCCUGCAAGCAGACCUUGGCAAAAUUUCGUGUGAUCGCUAAGAAAUUGAGGUUUUCUCCAAAUUCCAAAGCCGAGUUUGUAGAGAUCUGUCAGGAGAAAGUUUGCGCAACCCCUCACAACAUUGAAAGGGAUGUGCGAACUCAAUGGAAUUCAACCAGUGCACAACUCAACAGCAUAAUCAGGUGUGAAGAUGCAAUUGUCAACCGUGCGUAUCAAUUGGAUGAGGGCGACUUCAAGUUAGCGCGGGAUCUUGUCGAGGUCCUCAAUGUUUUUUACAAGAUCACUUUACAACUGUCAGUGGCUGGAUCAGCUCGCUUAUCGAACAUCGUUCUAUACAUCGAUCAAAUCACCGAGCACCUUUCAACAGUUAUCAGCAAUGAGAAUUACCCUGCGGCAUUGAGGAACACCUGCCGACUUGGACUUAAAGUAACAAACAAAGACGAGUACUUUAAGUUGGCCAACUGGGAGCCUGAGUGGAUCUCCAAAGCCAUACGACUAGCGAGGGACAUGUGGAUAUUGUUUUACAAGCCAAAACCAAUCACUCUUUCCUCCCCUGCACCAGCACCAAAUACGACUUCAAGCUCCAAGGUAAAAACAUUGGACAUAUCUUUACUGAGUACCAAGACUGAAGCCGUUUUUAUCCACUUCUCACAGCCCAAAACUGGUAUGCUUGCCGGACUGGGACACACUGCUGCAGCCCGAGGGGGGGAUUUCUCAUCCGACCCAUUUGAUUUGUGGUUAGCAGGUGGACUUGUCCUGAACGGUACGGUGUGGAACUGCUCAGCAAGUGAGUAA